AUAAGAAUAAACCCUCAAUAGAAUUUCCAAUACUAAAAAAAUGUCCGCUCCUCAAAUCCCAAAGACCCAAAAGGCUGUUGUUUUCGAAACCAACGGUGGUCCAUUGGAAUACAAGGACAUCCCAGUUCCAACCCCAAAGCCAAAUGAACUUUUGAUUCAUGUCAAGUACUCCGGUGUCUGUCACACUGAUUUGCACGCCUGGAAGGGUGACUGGCCAUUGGCUACCAAGUUACCUUUGGUUGGUGGUCACGAAGGUGCUGGUGUUGUUGUUGGUCUUGGUUCCAACGUUCAAGGUUGGAAGAUCGGUGACUACGCCGGUAUCAAGUGGUUGAACGGUUCUUGUAUGAACUGUGAACAAUGUCAACACACCAACGAAUCUAACUGUGCUGAAGCCGAUUUGUCCGGUUACACUCACGACGGUUCUUUCCAAGAAUAUGCCACUGCUGAUGCCGUGCAAGCUGCUCGUAUUGCUCCAGGUACCGACUUGGCCGAAGCCGCUCCAAUCUUGUGUGCCGGUAUUACCGUCUACAAGGCCUUGAAGACCGCCAACUUGAGUGCUGGUGAAUGGGUUGCCAUUUCCGGUGCCGCUGGUGGUUUAGGUUCUCUUGCCAUCCAAUACGCCAAGGCUAUGGGUUACAGAGUAGUUGCCAUCGAUGGUGGUGACGAAAAGGCUGUCUUUGCCAAGUCCUUGGGUGCUGAAGUUUUCAUUGAUUUCACCAAGUCCAAGGAUAUUGUUGCUGAUGUUAAGGCUGCUACCAACGGUGGUGCUCAUGGUGUCAUUAACGUUUCCGUUUCUGAAAAGGCUAUGGACCAAUCUGUCGAAUAUGUCAGAUCUUGUGGUACCGUUGUCUUGGUUGGUUUACCAGCCGGUGCCAAGAUCAGUGCUCCAGUCUUUGACGCUGUUGUUAGAUCUGUUUCCAUCAGAGGUUCUUACGUCGGUAACAGAGCUGAUUCCGCUGAAGCCCUUGACUUCUUCUCCAGAGGUUUGAUCAAGUGUCCUAUCAAGAUUGUCGGUUUGUCCGAACUUCCAUCCAUUUACGACUUGAUGCAACAAGGUAAGAUUUUGGGAAGAUACGUUGUUGACACUUCCAAAUAGAGAGUUUGAUGAUAACUAUAUAACGAAUGACGGUAGAGAUGAAUAUAAAAUAUGUGAUAGAAAAUAAUAAUAUGUAAUAAAACGAUUUU